AUGGCGGAGGCGGCCCUGGACGCGGUGCGGCGGGAGUUACGAGGCUUCCCGGCCGCGGCGCGGGAACUCAGCGUGCCCCUGGAGGUGCCCUACCUGGACGAGCCCCCGACCCCCCUUAGCUUCUACAGAGACUGGGUGUGCCCCAACAGACCUUGCAUCAUUCGUGGCGCUCUGGAGCACUGGCCGGCUCUGCAGAAGUGGUCGCUCCCCUACCUCAGAGCCACGGUGGGCUCCACGGAGGUGAGCGUGGCUGUGACCCCAGAUGGCUACGCAGAUGCUGUGCGCGGAGGCCGGUUUGUGAUGCCUGCCGAGCUGCGCCUGCCCCUGGGCCUCGUGCUGGAUGUGCUGGAGGGCCGUGCCCAGCAUCCGGGGGUCCUCUACGUGCAGAAGCAAUGCUCCAACCUGUCCACCGAGCUGCCCCAGCUGCUCCCUGACCUGGAGCCCCAUGUGCCCUGGGCUUCUGAAGCACUGGGAAAAAUGCCUGAUGCUGUGAACUUCUGGUUGGGGGAAGCGGCUGCAGUGACCUCCUUGCAUAAGGAUCACUACGAGAACCUGUACUGCGUGGUGUCAGGAGAGAAGCGCUUCCUCUUGCAUCCCCCCAGUGACCGGCCUUUCAUCCCCUAUGAGCUGUACCCGCCAGCCACCUACCGGCUAACUGCUGAUGGGAGCUUCCAGGUGGUCGAGGAGACAGCUGCUGACAAGGUGCCCUGGAUCCCCCUGGACCCUUUGGCUCCGGAUCUGGCCCGGUAUCCCAGUUACAGCCAGGCGCAGGCCCUCUGCUGCACGGUGCGGGCCGGGGAGAUGCUCUACCUGCCAGCACUAUGGUUCCACCAUGUGCAACAAUCCCAAGGCUGCAUCGCCGUGAACUACUGGUAUGACAUGGAGUACGACCUCAGGUACAGCUAUUUCCAGCUGCUGGAUUCCCUCACCAAGGCCUCAGGCCUGGAGCAAGAGGCCCGGUGACAGGUGCUGGGAAGCACAUUUCGGCGGCCUGACUGGAAUGGUCCUUGGAGGACUUUGGGAGUGUCUGGAGGCCCGGAGGUGCCAGGCUGGUCUGGGUGUGGGCUCGCAGGAAGUUGCCUCAUGGGUGUGCAGCCCCAGCCCUGCCCAGUGCGUGACAGGCACCACCUGUCUGUCUAGAGGGAGGUGGUGCCCUGUGGUGGGCACACGGGAGUCUCAAUAAACGGUGCUGUGACCC